GUAUUUUACAAACUGAAGAAGUGCUUGCUCCUGUUAGCCGCUGGGCUGGAAGGGGCUGGAAAGGCUCGGGAGUUUAACCUGUAUGUGGUCGUCCUCCUGGAUCGGAUGUCGUAGAGGGGAGGUCAAAGGAGGAGAAGAAGGCCGUGACCUUGGUCCUUCCCUUCCCCAGGCUUUGUCAUGAUGACUUCUCGUGGUGGCUUGAUGGACACUUCCCUGCAAACUGCCUUUUCCACGCCCAGCAGGAUUCCCGUGCUGGCCCGGAAAUACCUGCUCCUUUCUGAUGGGGGGUCCCAAGCCUCUGGCCAGGAGAAUCGGGAUCCAAAGGGAAUGAUGCAGAGGAAGAUUUUUCGUGCCCAGUUUCUCCAAAAAGACCUAGUCAGCUCUAAGCACAAGCUGAAGCAGCAGGCUGUGGGCCUGAAGGGGGAAAAAAACCGACCCCGGGCCCCACUGGAGGAAAUCAGCCUUGGCUCUGUGGGACAAAAUGUGAAGGCUGAUCCUCCAUCUAGGCCAGGUACUGCUUUGAGGUCUAGAACUAAGACUUUUUUAGCUGUUGACUGCUUAGACAGAAAAGAACUGGCCCCUGCGAGGUCUACUGGGAGAGUGGCAAAACUGAUAGAUCCUGGACAUUUGACCACUACAUUGUCAAGUAUGGAGCUGACUAGUGGUGAUCCCCCCUGCCAGACUGGUCUUGCUCAAAGAGUACUGAUCCGGGGAAAUCAAAACCAAAAAGAUGCCUACUGUGGGGUACAGGAUAGCCCUGACUUCCCUUGGACUUCUCACAGUCGGUUCACUCCUGGCCAGGUAGGCCAGGCAGGCCAGGCCUCACCCUUUGGACUAGCCAAUCGUGUACCUGUCACCUGUCCACCAGCUCUGACUUCCUAUUCCGUGGUGCGCCAUUUGGCUGUCUUCUCCAAGACUUCUCAGGCCACCCCUGCCCCAGCUUCUAGCCUUCAGCAGGAGCAAAUUGUUGUCAAGCGGUUGUAUGAAGAAAGCUGGAUAGAUCUGGAGGAGAAGCCUGAGAAACCCUCCCCCAUAACUCCUCUUAACAGAAUAUCACUGGAACUGAAUAGACACCAGGCAGAUCCUAGGGAUAUAGGGGUAGUAACUCCAUCCAAUAGGAUAUCCCUGGAGUUAAGCAGACACAAGGUGGGCUCCAGAGAUGGUAAGGUUUCAGCCCCAUCCAACUUGAUGUCCCUGGAGCUAAGCAGACAUGAGGUGGACUCCAAAGAUGGUGGGGUAGGAACUUCAUCGAACAAGAUGUCCCUGGAGCUGAGCACACAUGAGCGCAUCAGUAUCCUGAAGCAGUUACUACAACAGGAGGUAAAAGGGCUGACUAAGGUAGAAGAUAACCACCAGAGUGGCAAGUCUCACCUUAAACUGAUCGAGCCCAAGCUGGCUAUGAUUCCUUGUAUCUCAGAACCCUCAGAUCAUUGUUCUGCACUUCCCAACCUCCAAGGACCUAAACAGCAUCCCAAUGUCGGGGAACCCAUCUCUACUGGGAGUCCGGGCAUUCAAGAACUCAUACAGCAACCUAACUUUGGCAUGUGUACCACAGCUUCCACCAACCUGACAUUUUUUCAGUGUCCCCUCUGUGGCAGCAUUCCUCUCCAUUCCCUUGACUCCCUACGGAGUCCCAUGGGCACAAUCGGUCCUGCUGUCCUAGCCCUAUGCCAGCAACUCAAUGCAUGGCUGGAAGCCAUUAGACUUUUCUAUGAAGGCUGCCUGGAUGAUGAGUGUGCCUUCUAUACAGGACGAGGCAUUCCUGGCCCCCAGAGGAUCUGUAAGAAUCCUGUGGCCACCUGGCUGGAGAGGCAGGAGGCCAUGGUAAAACCCAAUGGAUUUUGUUCCAAUCUCUUCUCCAGAUCCCUAGGACUAUUCCAAAUCUCCCUACACUUCGAUCCUCCUUAUUUAUUAUAUGUGUAUCUUUUUUUUUAACCUUUCAAUAAAAUUUUGUGAUCAUAA